AUGCAGUCAGAUUAUUUUUCUAAUAAGUAUGGAAAAAACCAUCAUUCUGCUUAAUAACUGAGGAGUAUGAUGUCUAUGACUUAAACCAUCUAUUCAGUUCCUUGUAUGAAUUGUGAAAACCUUAUUCCGAUAAAUGAAAUUGACAUUCACACUAUGAAAUGCCAGAGUGUUUCAAAGAAUGUGACAGCAGUACUUAAAUCUAAUAAAAUAUUGGAUGAAAUCAAUUUUAAGAUAUAGAAAUUGAGGGAGUCUAUUUUACAAUUGAAUUAAAAAGAAUCCAAAUCAGACAAUAUCAAAUACCUUAAUAGAGCAGAUGAAAUGUCCGAGUAAAUCCUGACCAUUCAUAACACAAAUUAAAUUGAACUACGGAAGUUGCAGGAUCUAAAUCAAGAAUUGAAGACAAUUACUGAAUCUUACAGGGGUUCUCUGGCUAUUGCUCUCUAUCUAGAACGUCUCCAUUCUUUAGCAUUACAAAAGUAAGCCUAACUAGAAAAAGAAAUACGCAUGCCUAAAGUAGAUACACAAAAAAUUAAUCUUAUCAAUUCUAAUAAUAGUAAUUACAAUCCUUAAAAUAAUAAUUACAGUAGUGUUCAAUCAUUUCGAUAUUAAUAAUAACCUGAUUAGAAUAGAACUUCCUAAUUACCUCUUGCUUCUUAAUUUCAUAGUCCAACUUAUGGCAGACCUACUAUGAUUACUAAAUUUUCGGGGAGCCAAGAUAGAAAUCAAUUGAAUGACAUCAAAAGUGAAAUUCUUACCAAAAUUUCCACUUCACAAUUUGAUGAAAGUGAAAUCAACUCAAAUGAAGUUGAUGUUAACAAUUCAAAUCAAUUUAAUUAAUAAUAGAGAAUCUUUUAUUCAAAAUGUUUGGCUCAAAAGACUAAAUUACCCAAUACUCAUCCAUCUCAAAAAAUACCCCUAUGUAUAUUGCAUAAGGAAAUGAUCCAUAGGAAAAUUUCAAAUGGAUUGUGGGAUAAAUUUAUUAUUGAUGCUCUGAACAAUCCUCAUCAAUAUCUUGAUAUGAAUAAAGUUUAAAACACUCAGGGAUUAAAAAAUCAACUGAGAUCGAUGACUCAAGAACACUAAUUCAAACAAAGAAUUCACAAUAUCUGA